AUGAAUAUUGGAAGCUCUAGCCAGAACCCACACCACGACAUGGAAAUAAACCAAGUGGCCCUCAGGGAAGGACUGGAAUCAGAAGAGAGUGAUGCCCGGCAUUCAGCACAUGGCAGCACAGGGAGCAGGAGGUCCAGGACCGGCUCCAGAAGGAUGAACCUGAUACAGGAAUCUGUGUUACGACAAGAGGUCACAACACAAAGGAGCCAAGAUACUCUAAAUAAUAUGACAGCCAUGAUGCAAUGGCAGGUCAACAGGCAAUUCAGGAAGGACCGAGAGGCUGCCAUGGCCAGAAUUCCCAAUCCCAGAUGA